AUGGUUCAAAUCAAAUCAUCUGUACUUGUAGCCGCUGCUGCUUUCUCCGCUGCAUCAGCCUUACCAACUUCCACAUCGAAUUCCAAUGUGGACUUGACAGUAAACUUGAAUGGAUCUGGAUCACAACCUUCUCCUACUAAAUCAAUCACUGCGAACGAUUACAGUAGUAAUGAUGGUUUUGCAAGCGCAACCUCGAGUGCAAGUGCCACGAACGGUAUACCCUUAUCGACUGAGAAAUUAGUGAUUGAUUUGAAUGUAGACCUAGGUAAAGCUCAACCUUUACUGCAGAGUAGAAGACGCAAAGAAGAAAAUGAAGCGGACGAUGGACUGAAACGAUCAGUCAAAGACAUGGUCAAGAACGUCGAAGAUAAAUCAGAUCUCGGGACUGAUGAUGGGAAACGAAUGUGGAAAGGUAGACCUUCCAGAAGAGGUCCAUGGAGAAACAAUGGUGAUUUGAUCGAUCUGAAUAUCGGUCACGGUGCUGCGCCCGUUCCAGCUGCUACUACUCAAUACACCAAUCGACCACUUCUCAAUGGUGGUUUACUUGAUAUCGCAGUUCGAUCACCAAGACAUGAUGAUGAUUCCGAUCGAGUGAUCCUCACUGGUGAUGGUGAUGAAUACUACCGAAAUGCAGGACAUCAUGGUAAUGGUCAUGUGCAUGAACAUUUACAUGCUAGACAUAAUGGACACGGACACGGACACGGACACGGACACGGACAUCACAGACAUUCAAUGAUCGAAGUCAUCGGAGACGACUAUUCAAAUUCAGGAAGACACGGUCGAUAUGGUAAUGAGCAUUCCCAUGAACAUGUUCAUGUAGAUAAGCGACAUCAUCAAGAUAUCAUCAUUGAAGAAGGACAUCACAGAAAUCAUGAUAAGAUCGUUCAAGUAAUUGAACCUCAAUACGACUAUGAGAACGAUCACUCUCACGUACAUGAACAUAUCCAUGAAAGGUUUCAUGAUGAUAGAAACAACGUAGUCGUCGUAAAUGGUAGUGGACACAGACACGAUAACGAUGUCACGGUCGUCAAUAACGACUCACAUCACCAUCAUGGUGAAACCACCGUAAUCAACAAUGAUCAUCAUGGUCAUCACGGAGACACGACCGUUGUCAACAGUAAACGAUCACCUAAAUCUUCACCUAAAGUUGGUAUCUCUUCCAAACUAGCUGGAUUAGGUCGAGCGUUCCUCAAACGAUCUCAUGGUCAUAACAGACACGAUAACGACGAUAGACAUUACCGACAUGGGGAUACCACCAUCGUCAACUCUGGUCGACACGGUGAUACUCUGGUCGUUGCCAAUGAUGGAAAUCAUCACCAGGGGGGAGAAACAACAGUUGUCAACAAUGGCAGACAUCAAGAUACUACUGUGGUCAAUAAUGGCAGACAUGGUGAUACUACUGUGAUCAACAAUGAGUCACACAGACAUCAUGGGGAUACUACAGUAGUCAAUAACCACAAGAGAGGACAUCAUCAUUCUGACCGAAUCAUUGUUGUCGGUGAUCAACAUCGAUAUCGAGAUGCCGAUUUCUAUCAAAGACAUUCAUGGGAUAAUGGUCUAAGGUAUGGUAAACCAAUUUAUUUCUCAAAUGGAGAUGGAUUCAAUAGAGUUCGAAUGAUUGAAGAAUAUAGGGAUAGAUCAGAUUAUGGUUACGGUUAUCCGAGUUAUCGGGGUGAUGGAAGUGGAAGAUAUCAUCACAAAAUCGAAUAUGAACCUAUCGCUUAUGGAAUGGGUUAUGAUAGAUAUGAUAAGAGAUCUCCAUCACCUUCUCCUUCUCAUGACGGUGAGAGACAUGAUCGUCAUCAUAAAUCUCAUAACGCCAAAAAGCAAGAUCGUGAUCAAGCUAAAGAUAAGAAAAAUGACAAGAGACAUUCACACGAUCAUGAUGAGGAUGUUACCAUCAUCAAUGAUCAACAUCGACACCACGGACAUAAAGGAGAUGUCACUGUUGUCAAUAACGAAAAAAGAAGACACGGUGAUGAUCAUCAUUCUCACCACCACGAAGGAAGCGAUGUUACAAUUGUGAAUAAUAAUGGUAAACGACAUCAACAUCGCGAUGAUUAUCGACAUGGUGAGCACCACAAUCAUGGAUAUGAAGAGUGCCAUAAUGGUCGAUGUGAUUCUCAUCAUCGUGAUGGCAAUGAUGUCACAAUCGUCAACAACAACAAUCACAAGAAACGACAAAUGCAAGAGAAUAUGAUGGGUGGUGCACCAGGUUAUAUUGAUGUUACCAGUCCAGUAUUUAAUUCUACUACAGCAGCAAGAAUAGCUUCUCUUGUAUUAUCAACUUCAAAUGGUACAGAUGCCAACUCGACCUUUGUCUUAAACGCGUCAAGUAACGUUCGUACACAAGUUUAUCUUGUCCCCAUCAACGCAUCUCCAUCCAAUUCAACUGCUUCUUCCGCCUCCACGUCUUCUUCAACAGCAUCAUCUAACUCUACUUCCACAUCCACUUCACCUAUAGAGGUUAAUUUGAAGCUUCCGAUCUUUGUAGCUUCAACUGCAAGUGUUGAAUCUUAUUGUGCUACUUUUGAUCCUUCACCUGAAAAUCCAGCUCCAUUGACUGUCACACAGUGUACAAACGAGACAUCUAGUCAUGGAAGUCAAAGAUUCCUGUAUAAUCCAAAUACCGGUGUAAUUCACCCUGAUUGGCAACCUUCUACCGAUGCUCAACAGCUUCUUCAAGCUAUUCCAGAUGAUGUAGACGAGACAGACACAGCAACCGCCAAUGCUGAAAUUGCAGGUGCCUUCACUACUGCAUCAGCUACUAUGGCGGCUGCUGAAGCUUACGCGACAAGUGGUGACUUUGAUACUUAUACAGAAAGUAUGACUCCUACUGGUGUACCCACAGCUUCUCUGGCCAGAAGAGACGCAGCAGCGACCACUACUACUAUGGUAUCUGCUCCCCCACCAUUGAUGACUUCCGGACCACAAUCUUCGACUGACUCAUCCACCCUUCCACAAUCAAGUAACGCAUCAAACGUGACAUUGAUCUUUACUCCUGCCAAUCCAUCAAUUGUCAAUUCUGCAUCUGUCAAUUUCGAUCCUGCUUCUGAACAAGGUUCUGAUCCGAAUGCCCAACAAGCUACUUUAACCAGAAGAAGAUUCCAUACACCUGAUUUCGAUCAAUCCAAUAAUCAAGGUGCUUCUUCAGUUACUCCAGUCAACCCGGACAUCAAUAAUCAAGCUGCUGCUGGAGCCAAUCAAGAUUCGGAUAUCAACAGUGGAAACUUUAGUGGAGACUCUACUGCUACAAGCUCUGUACCUCCUCAAGCUGCUCCUUCUGCUACUCCCGCUGGAUCAAAUAUGGGUGGUAUACAUGCUGAUGCUAAUGCCAAUAUCAACCUUGAAGCUAUAAGAGGUGAUUCGACUCCUUUGACCCAACCAGGUUCUGCUCUUCAAAAGCCUAUGAUCGCUCAUGAAUCGCUCACUGCACCUUAUGAGUGGAGAUGGACUAAAGCUGAUACAGCAGAUGAGACCGCUUUCACCGGUAGUGUAGCUCGAUAG